ACUGCCUCUUACCUGAUGCAUGCUUGGAUACACUCCUUCCAUCACCACCAACAGGAUAAGGGGUUUCAUCCUCUAAAGACAUACAGGUUAGGCAGAAUCACCUGGGUAGAGAAUAGAAGCAAACAGAGCUCACACACUGCAGCAAUGCCUCCACCUGGUGUGUGUAUGAACAUCAUCAAUGCACGUCACAAGAAAGAUGGUCAUGGGACCAUCACCAACCCUGAGAAGUUCCUCAACCAAGACUUCCAGCAGCUGAAACAGUACUUUCUCAUCCAACGGGUAAGGUACAUCGAUGAGAUGUUCCCCCCUGACAGGAACUCCAUCGGCGAAGGGUUACUGAGCUCUGCUGACCUGGCCCGAGUGGUGUGGCUGAGACCAGCGAAACUUGUUCCCAAACCAUCUUUUGCAGUUGAUGGGGUCUCCAGGUUUGACUUUGGUCAAGGCUUGGUUGGAAACUGCUGGUUUCUUGCGUCUAUCGGUGCUCUGACAUUCCAGAAUUACAUCCUUGAACAAGUUGUUCCUUUCGAGCAAAAAUUUGAUGAGGACUACUGCGGGCUGUUCCACUUCAGGUUCUGGAGAUUUGGAAGGUGGGUGGAUGUUGUCAUUGAUGACAAGCUACCAACAAUCAAUGGCAGACUAAUCUUUGUUCACUCCAGAGAUCCAACUGAGUUCUGGCCUGCUUUGCUAGAGAAAGCCUAUGCCAAAGUGUGUGGUUCCUACUCAGACAUGAAUGCUGGAACUCCUGCCGAGGCUUUGGUGGACUUCACUGGUGGUGUUCACAUACGUCUCCAUCUGUCAGACCCUCCUCCAACCCUGUGGGAAAUGAUGCGCAGAGCUGGCCAGUCCAAGUCACUGAUGGGUUGUAGUACAUCACAGGGGGAGACAUCUGCCAACACUGUAUUACCAAAUGGAUUGGUCCAAGGCCAUGCCUACGCUGUCACGGGUGUGAAACAGAUGAUGAGCCGAGGGAAACUAGUAAACCUGGUGCGUUUGUGGAACCCGUGGGGCAAAGGAGAGUGGAAUGGAGACUGGAGUGAUCGGUCGCCUUUGUGGCAAACUGUGAGUCCUCAAGAUCGUGAGAUGUGCCUUUCAGUGAUUGAUGAUGGGGAGUUUUGGAUGACCUUGGAAGACUUCUGUAAGUUAUACAAGGAUCUUGACAUCUGCUGCCUGUGUCCCGACUUCCUUGAUGGAAGCUCUUCUUGCCAUUGGAAGACCUCCUUCUACGAGGGCAGAUGGGUGGCAGGAACCACUGCUGGAGGAUGCAUGAAUAACCUUGAGAGCUUCUGGACUAAUCCACAGUAUCGGGUCAAGAUUGAUAAACUACUCAGUGAAUGUUCUACGAAACAGGGUGAAAAAAACAUGCUGGUGUCUCUCAUGCAAAUGCCUGACAAGAGGAACAGACGCCUGGUCCAUAAUCUCCACAUUGGAUUCUCUGUAUUUGAGGUGACCAAAGAAUACGAGGCACAGAGGGGGAAGUUCCCAGCCUCUUUCUUCAGCAACAAACCUGUUGCCCAAACUAAAUCCUACAUGAAUGCGCGUGAGGUGAUGGCGUUUGUAAUGCUGAAGCCUGGUGAAUACCUGAUUGUGCCGUCCACCUUCAAUCCUAAUGAGACAGCCUCCUUCAUCCUGACCAUCCUCUCCAAGGCAGAGACCCAUGUCCAUGAGAACUCUGGUGGCCAUAACUACGAACAUAUGGAAGAAGAGCCCAUACCAGUCGCAAAUGCAGCAGAUGACGAAAACAAGAGAACAUUGUUCCGUCAAUUCUCUGACAAGUAUGAUGAAGUGGAUGCUGAGCAGCUCAAGAGGCUUCUAAAUGACAGAAUCCUGAAAGGUGACUUGAAAUCUGGAGGCUUCAGCAUUGAUGCCUGUCGCAGCAUGGUUGCUCUGGUAGAUACAUCAAUUACCGGCAAACUGAAUGGUGAGGAAUUUGUUCAUCUGUGGAAGAAGCUUGUCACAUACAAGGACAUUUUCUUCCGCACUGAUGUUUCGCAAACAGGAACACUGUCAUUGAGUGAGCUCAGGAAUGCAUUCAAGGCUUUAGGAAAGGGGAUCAGCGAUGACAUGCUGAAUAUGAUUGCUCUGCGCUACGGUUCCUCCUCUGGAUUCAUAACACUGGAGAACUUCAUCAGUCUAGUCCUUCGCUUCGACUGCAUGAACCAAAUCUUCAGCCAGUUAUCCAAUGGAACGACCAUGACUCUUCAUGUAUCAGAGUGGAUGUACCUUUCGAUGUACACUUAACAUGACAGAGAAGAUGAACUGCAGCAUUCAUUUGGAAUUACAGCAGCAGAUGAUGUAAAAGAAAAUAAAUG